UCUUAGCUUAAUGAGCAUGAGCAAAAGUAAAACCCUAUGGCUCCCUUCUUGUAUUACUCCCUCCUUGCUCUUGUUUUCAUUCUCACGUUCAAGUUUGUCCUACAAAGAAGAAGAAGAAGAGGAAGCAAAAACCUUCCACCAUGUCCACCAACACUUCCCUUGAUCGGAAACCUCCACAUGCUGAAGUCCCCACUGCUCCACCGCUCCCUCCACAGUUUGUCACAAAAGUAUGGCCACAUCUUCUCUCUGUGGUUCGGUUCACGCUUUGUGGUCGUCAUCUCCUCCCCAACCAUGGUCCAAGAAUGCUUCACCAAAUACGACACCGUCCUCGCUAACCGCCCACAGUUCCUCACCGGAAAGUACCUCUUCUACAACUACACCAGCAUGGGCUCCUCCUCCUACGGCGACCACUGGCGCAACCUCCGCCGCAUCAUCACCAUCGACGUCCUCUCCACGCAACGCCUCAACUCCUUCUUCCACAUCCGAAGGGAAGAGACCAUGAGGGUCAUCCAAAAGCUUGUCCAUGAAUCAUGCAAGGGCUUCACCCAAGUCAAACUCAGACCCAGGCUUACGGAGAUGACAUUCAACAACAUGAUGAGAAUGAUAUCUGGAAAAAGGUACUACGGCGAUGACGUGGAGGCUGCGGAUGCGGAGGAAGCGAAGCAGUUCAGAGACAUAAUAUCGGAGAUGAUGAUGUUGUUGGGCGCAAGCAACAAGGGAGACUUCGUGCCUCUGCUUAGGUUGUUCGAUUUCGACGGUUUGGAGCAGAGGCUGAAGGCGAUUAGCACGAGAGCAGAUGCGUUCUUGCAGGGUCUCCUUCAAGAGCAUCGCAGUGGGAAGCACAAAGCCAACACCAUGAUCGAACAUCUCUUGUCUUUGCAGAAAUCUCAGCCUGAGUACUACUCCGAUCAUAUUAUCAAAGGCCUCAUUCAGGUAAUAACACCUUCCAAAUUCACUUCUUCACUUUCACUGCUCUCUUUAGUUAAUUUAUAAUCAUUAACUCACUAU